CCCAUACCGAACUGUCGACGAAAAAAGGUGUACAUGAGCUCUUUACUGCCCUAUGAAGACGUAGACCAUCGCGUAGACCAUCGCGGGAGCCAUUGGUCUAGUACCAGAGGAAUAAGAUGUCCGCAACCACUGCAACACCGCCGCAGGCCCCUAUCCCAGUAGAGCAAGAGACACGACCAUGGCCCUACGACACGGCGCGCUCAACUGGGACCUCAUGCACGCGGCUUCUCGCCGCCAUCCUCGCCACAGGCACGCUCACCACGGUUGCCAGCGGGCCCGGCUCGAACUUCCGUGGCGUCGAGGAGCACAUCUGCGGCGUCGAGAGGUGGCUGGACGCGGAGGACCGCACGCUCAAGAGCCUCGUGUUCUGGGUGUACCCUGAAGGCAUAUCGGGGCCAUACCACGAGAUGGAGGAUGGACAGGUGAAGGAGCACGGGUUGUUGGUGACUAUUGAGCGGGGGGUGAAGGUGGCGGAUAUGCUGAAGGCGGUGAAGGGCGCGUUUGUGGAGGAGGGCACGGUGCAUGUGCACGUCCGAGUCCCUGCUGUUUGAAGAGUUGAUGAU